AUGGUGGGCUACGACGAUGUCCGUGACCAUGUGACAUCCUUGUUCAUUAUGCUGAACAAGAAAACAGUCAUCUUGUUUCGCAUCGAGUUUCUCGUGGUCCUUGUCACAUUACUGUUCUUUGCCAUGUUCGCCAUGGAUUUUUUUCGCCGCAUAAUCCACAACUCUUUCAUGAGAGCUGUCUUUAGCGUCUUCGACGCGGUCUCCGACUCCAUUGUCUUGUACCUCCUGGGGGCCAUGCAAUCGGCGCCUUUCAAGAAUCAGUUGUUCCCAGUCUGGGCUCUUGUUCUUGUCAAUUUCCGUUACAGUGCAGACUACAUCUCUGGCUAUGGUGUUCCUGACCGCCGCGGACGAAGGUUCACUGAGUGGAGGAAUGUUUUCAAGCUCCUGGGAUCGGCAUUCUUGAAUUGGACUCGUGGAUCCAGUUUCACGGGUCCACUGUGGUCGGUCUGGUAUCUGCAGAUCAUGAGGAGCGCCUACAGAUUCCGUUCACAUAAUUUAGCGUCCGUUUCUGUCUGGCAUGGUGGGAGUUCGGAGCUUGUUGCAGAGCACAUGCGUGAUGGUUCUAAAGAAAAAGAAUACUUGAAGGAGGAUCUCAAGCCAGUGGCAAUGAAAGACUACAGCUACUUGGUCUAUGGAGAAACAAAGCGACGUUUCAAACUAAAGAAGCCUCAGUAUGCAUUGUCUACCGACAAUACAGGACCACUCAUCACACUGGACAAGAUCUGGGACUUUCCAAUUGACCAGGGUAAGGAUGGCAAGGAUAUCCCGCUGGCCUUUGCCUUGUCCAGGCUGCUGCGGUGCAGGCUGGAGAAUGUGUCGCUGCAAAGAUGUAUAUUUGGCAUAAACCGAGAGCUGAUCAAGAACAUAAUUGGUGGUAAGAUAGGUACCAGCGAUGCACUUAGGAUAAUGGAGCUGCAGCUUGCGUUUGUCCAUGACUAUUUCAACACCCGCUACCCCAUGGUGUUCUGGUGUGGGCUCCGAUCUCUCUUCUUCAGUCUGGUUCCAUCUGUGCUAACCAUCGGUGCACUCAUUUUUCUUGCUGUGGACAUCCGUAAGGUCUAUAAGCCACCCAAUGGCGACCUUGCCAAUCUGGUGAAGGGUAUUAAUGUCGAUAUGAUCAUUACAUGGGUAUUCAUUUCACUGAUGAUUGUCAAGGAGAUAUGGGAGAUGCUGACCUACUUACUAUCAGACUGGACAACCUUAAUCAUGGGGAGCGAGUAUGUGCAGCGGAAGUUCAAGAGGACCAAAAAAUGUAUAGAUUCAUGGGUGGACUGGGUUCUACUGUAUUUUUCCAGAACAAAGAUUUCUGGUAGGAGGUGGCAUGGAUACAUUGACCAGUAUGUCUUCGUGCAGUCAUACGAUUACAGACCGACAUUUUGGAAUCUCAUUCACAAUCUAACCACAGGAAUAAUUCCAAAGAAGGAUGAUGGGGCAAAGCUCAGCAGCGCCAUCAAAGUUCCAGACUAUGUCAGGGAGGCAGUCCUGGAGAAGGUCACAAAAAUUAUGGAGGAAGAACUAGGUUGCAGUCCCAUCAUCCUGCCAACACCAACAGGCACUCACUUUGUCCUACCGUCAAGUACUAACACUGUCCUGUCAGCAAACUCUCACAACGUGGUGCCGAGAAGCAGUGAUAUAGUCCUACCGACAAGCUCUCACAUCAUUCUUAUGUGGCACAUUGCGACCAGCCUCUGCGAGAUGGAGCUUGCCACAGAAUAUCGUGUCAACUUGAGCAACCCAGGGUUUCCGUGUUCCCUCUUGUCUUGGUUCACUUCUUGCUGCUCAUCCCAACCGUAUCUUUUGGACGUGGGUGAGAAGAAAGAUUGCAUCUUGUCAUGGUUCACAAACUGUUGCUCAUCCAAAUCAAAUAUUGACGACAAGAAGAAAAUGAAUGCGAAGUUGCCUGAUGAGCUCCGGGAAACAUAUAUCAUUGCAAAUAGCUUGUCACGGUACUGUGCAUAUCUGCUGCUUUCAAAGCCUGACCUGAUACCUGAUAGCUUUCUUGUUCCCAAGAUAGUCUUCCAGCAAACCGUAGAGAGUGCGAGUGAUGGCAUUCUGAAAGAUUGCGAUUCAUUAUUGAAAAGGUACAUAAACCUCAAGGAAGAAGCAGAGAAACCUAUCGAAGACUCUGAAAAUGAAGAUGCAUUGAAACAAGGUGCCGUGCUGGCCAGGGAAUUGCUCAAUCUUGAAACUGAUGAAGUUCGCUGGAAGAUCCUCGCGGAGGUAUGGACUGAGUUACUUAUACAUAUUGCGCCCACGUGGAAUGCACAGGCACACAAGAAGUGUCUCUCGGGAGGGGAGUUCAUAACCCACAUCUGGGCAUUGCUUUGGCACUAUGGCAUCGAGAAGAGCAGCUUGUGGCCAAAGGAUAUUGGUCCUGAAAACAAUGAUCCACAAGAAGUUGGCCUAGGAAAUGACAGUGAUCAAGCUGGAGCAGCUACAAGGAACGACCAGAUUGAAAUUAAUGUUGCUGAAAUAGUAAUAGACAAUAUGCGACUCAAAGAGCAUGAGACAGGCAACUCAAGGGGAGUACUAAGGACCGUGGACGGAACAUGGAGUUCAGAAAUCGAGGAAAUCAUUCAGAACGUAACAGUGAAGACCACAAAUGUUCAAAGAGGCAAGGCUGGUCAAGCCAAAAAUGAGAGUAAAAUGAAGAAGAUUUAA